AUGUACACUAACAACUCUACAGAAGUGGAGAUAUACAAUAACAACCCUGCAGAAGUGGAGAUAUACAAUAAAAACCCUGCAGAAGUGGAGAUAUACAACAACAACCCUGGAGAAGUGGAGAUAUACAAUAGCAACCCUGCAGAAGUAGAGAUAUACAAUAACAACCCUGCAGAAGUGGAGAUAUACAAUAACAACCCUGCAGAAGUGGAGAUAUACAAUAACAACCCCCCAGAAGAUGGACAGAUUCUAUCCAGAAGUCUUUCUCAUGAAACAGUGAAGCGGGGCAGCUCACUUCCUAGGAUCACCUUACGUUCAACUCCAGCUUCUGUGAUGGCAGCAAGGCGGAUCACACCCCCACUUGAACCAUCACGCUCCAUUGCUAAGCUGAUGGCAUUGGCUGUAAACUCCAAACAUUCUUCUUUUGUCAUUCCAGGUUUUGUAAACCUGUCCUCCUUUUCUCUUGUCCCUCCGGGAUGGGCUCAGGAAGAAGUCAGUACAGGGACUACUAUCAUGGCAGUGGAGUUUGAUGGAGGUGUCGUAAUUGGGGCUGACUCCCGGACCACAACUGGUGCCUACAUAGCAAAUCGUGUUACAGACAAGUUGACCUUUAUCCAUGAUCAUAUCUUCUGUUGUCAUUCAGGCUCGGCUGCAGAUACUCAGGCAAUUGCAGACGUUGUUAACUACCAGCUGUCUUUUCACAGUAUUGAAUUAGAUGAGCCACCUUUGGUGCAGACUGCAGCCAACCUGUUCAAAGAGUUGUGUUAUAGGUAUCGAGAGGAUCUAACAGCAGGCAUCAUUGUAGCAGGUUGGGACAAGAGGAAAGGAGGACAGGUUUACACUGUUCCCAUGGGUGGAAUGAUAGUCCGUCGGUCAUUCUCAAUUGGGGGAUCUGGUAGUACUUACAUUUAUGGCUAUGUAGACUCAUCUUACAAACCUGGAAUGACAAAAGAAGAAUGUUUGGAGUUUACAGCCAAUGCCAUCAGCUUAGCAAUGGAGCGUGAUGGUUCAAGUAGGGGUGUGAUCCGCCUUGCUGCCAUCACAGAAGCUGGAGUUGAACGUAAGGUGAUCCUAGGAAGUGAGCUGCCCCGCUUCACUGUUUCAUGAG